CAUUCAAAAACACAAGUUCAAAAGUCAACGCCUCUCUCUUUCUCUCUCUAUACUCAUCUUCCACUGCUUCUUCUUCCUCAUCUUCUUCUGCUUCUUCCUUUUCUUUUUUGGCUCUCUGAAAAAAAAACUAAAAAGAAAAAAUCGGCCAUGAAUGAUCGGUUUUUGUAGUUCUUACAGCUGAAGGAGUUUUCAUAUAUAGUAUUUUUUUUUGUUUUUUUGGUUUCCAGAUGGGCAACGGUUUUGGGAAGUUUAGCGUUUGCUUCACCGGCGGUGGAGAAAGUCGUCGGAAACAUGAAUUAUCGUUUAUGGUUUCGGACCCGCUAGAUGAAGGUCUGGGUCACUCUUUUUGCUACGUACGACCCGAUCCGACUCGGCUAUCUUCGUCUAAGGUUCACUCGGAGGAAACGACGACGUUUAAGACAAUCUCCGGUGCUUCAGUCAGUGCCAACACCUCUACUCCUCUUUCCACUUCUCUCAUCGAUCUUUAUUCUUACAACAGUAUCGAUCGAGCUGCGGCUUUUGAGAGCUCCACCUCGUUCGCUUCGAUUCCUCUGCAACCGAUUCCGAGGGGGUUGAUGAGCUCGGGUCCAAUUUCUGGUAACUUUGGGGGAUUUCCGGGUUCGGGGCCGCUCGAACGGGGAUUCAUGUCUGGCCCGAUUGAGCGUGGAUUCAUGUCGGGCCCGCUCGACCGUGGGAUUUUCUCCGGGCCAAUGGAAAAGGUUGGUUCUGAUCAGUUUCAGAGAAGCUUUUCCCAAGGGGGUUUUGCUUUUAGACCCAGAUCAGGGAAAGGGAAGCUGAUUCGGGUCCUCCGUCGAGCAAUUUCAAAGACGAUUUAUCGUGGUCAGAAUUCGAUCGUGGCUCCGAUCAAAGGGGUCAUGUCAGUAAAAGAUCCGGAUUGGAUUCUCGGCCCGGAGAAGCACAAUGAGAAUCUGACGGUAAGCAGCAUCAAUUUGAGCAGCGAAGGUAGUUUGGACGACGAUGAUUCAUUCGAGUCUCAGAAUCUUCAAUGGGCACAGGGGAAAGCAGGGGAAGAUCGAGUACACGUCGUCGUUUCGGAGGAACACGGCUGGGUUUUUGUUGGGAUUUAUGAUGGGUUCAACGGCCCUGAUGCUCCUGAUUACCUUCUAUCGAAUUUGUACUCGGCUGUACACAAAGAACUAAAGGGUCUGUUGUGGGAUGAGGACAAGUUUGAGCCUUCAUCGGCAGCGACGGCCACCGAAGAGGAGGAUCCGUUUCAUACCGUUGAUGGAAAUUUGGCAAGGAAUCAUGUGGUUGCGAGCGUCGAUGAUGCUUGUUCUCACUGUGUUGAGCAAGAGAAUAAUUAUAACAGUAGUAAUAAUCGUCCCUGCGCAAGUGGGGAUGGGAGUUUCGAUUCGAAUUGGAGUUGUAAUAAGCGCAAAAAGGGUAGUAGUAAUCAAAACUCUAAGAGCAAGUAUCGCAGUGCGUCGAAGAAAUGGGAGGAUAAUCAGAGAAGAUGGAGGUGUGAAUGGGACAGAGAAAGAUUAGAGCUUGAUCGGAGAUUAAAGGAACAAUUGAAUCGAUCUGAUUCGGAUGGUUCGAGUGCGAUUAAUCACUCGGAUGUGUUGAAAGCUCUUUCUCAAGCUCUGAGAAAGACGGAGGAAGCUUAUUUGGAUGUUGCUGAUAAGAUGCUUGUGGAAAAUCCUGAGUUAGCUUUAAUGGGUUCUUGUGUUCUUGUUAUGCUGAUGAAAGGAGAGAAUGUUUAUGUGAUGAAUGUGGGUGAUAGUCGAGCUGUAUUGGCUCAGAAGUCUGAGCCUGAUUAUUGGCUUGGAAAGAUUCGACAAGACUUGGAAAGGAUUAAUGAGGAAACGUUACAUGAUCUUGAAUCAUCAGACGGUGAUAGACCCUGUUCGAUUCCUACUUUGACUGCUGUUCAGCUCUCCAAGGAUCACUCCACCAGUGCGGAUGAGGAAGUUCAAAGAAUAAAAGAUGAACAUCCAGAUGAUUCCUGCGCUGUACUGAACGACCGUGUCAAAGGUUCAUUAAAGGUUACUCGAGCUUUUGGUGCUGGUUUCCUCAAACAGCCAAAGUGGAACAAUGCACUGUUAGAGAUGUUCAGAAUCGAUUACGUUGGGAAUUCACCAUACAUCACUUGUUUCCCAUUUCUCUACCACCACAGAUUAGGCCCAAAAGACAGGUUUUUGAUAUUAUCCUCUGAUGGGUUAUAUCAGUACUUCACAAAUGAAGAAGCUGUUUCAGAAGUUGAGCUUUUCAUCACAUUACAACCUGAAGGAGAUCCAGCACAACAUUUGGUUGAAGAAGUGUUGUUCCGUGCUGCAAAGAAAGCAGGUAUGGAUUUUCAUGAGUUGCUCGAAAUACCACAAGGGGACCGAAGGCGGUACCAUGAUGAUGUUUCGAUUAUUGUUAUCUCUUUAGAAGGAAGGAUAUGGAGAUCAUGUGUAUAAACAAGAGACAAAUUAAAUCACAGUUAGUAGAAAUAUUAUAGAGGCAUCCAAUCUAAAAAAAAAAAAGGCAUUUACUCUUCUUUUCUUUGGUUUUUGGCCUCAGUUUUCCUUUUCCUGGUCACCUUUUUGUAACAUACCAAAUAGCUUCAGGGAGAGAAGAGUGCCUGAGGAACUUGGUUGUGUGCAGAGUUCACUAGGGAUGGUGAGGAUGACUUGUAUAGAUGUAAAAGCUGGUUCAUGUUGAAUAUAAACUGUCGUAAAGAAAAAAUUGUAAUUUUCUAAUAAAUGACAGUCGCCUUGUGAAUUUACAAAGAGAAGAACAACAAAAGAGAUAAAAAAAACGAAAAAAAGUAAAGGGUUUUGUAUUGUUCGGCA